UUUGAUUUUUUUUUUUUUUAUUUGGAUUUGUUAAGAUAAAGGAUCAGCACUGGAACCUUCAUUAUCUUCCUCAUUCACUCGUCACUCUAUUGAAAUUUUUCUUUGAGACAAAAAUGGUGAUCUCUUCCACCAAUACCGACUCUGCAGAGCAUCUGAACUGUACUUUUGCUUCCAGAUAUGUCCGCGCCGCUGUUCCAAAAUUCAAGAUGCCUGAGACUUCGAUUCCAAAGGAAGCAGCAUAUCAGGUGAUAAAUGAUGAGCUGAUGCUGGAUGGAAAUCCAAGGCUGAAUUUGGCAUCCUUUGUGACCACGUGGAUGGAGCCCGAGUGUGAUAAACUCAUCAUGGCUUCGGUUAAUAAGAACUAUGUUGACAUGGAUGAGUACCCUGUUACCACAGAGCUUCAGAAUCGGUGUGUGAAUAUGAUCGCCCACCUAUUUAAUGCUCCAGUUGGAGAUGAUGAGACUGCAAUUGGUGUUGGGACUGUGGGUUCAUCUGAGGCAAUAAUGCUGGCUGGUUUAGCUUUCAAAAGGAAGUGGCAGCAGAGGAGAAAAGCACAAGGAAAACCUUAUGAUAAGCCCAACAUAGUCACUGGAGCUAAUGUGCAGGUUUGCUGGGAGAAGUUUGCAAGAUACUUUGAGGUUGAACUGAAGGAGGUGAAGCUGAGAGAGGGAUACUAUGUCAUGGACCCAGUGCAAGCUGUCGAGUUGGUAGAUGAGAACACCAUUUGUGUAGCAGCCAUUCUGGGAUCAACCCUGACCGGUGAGUUUGAGAAUGUGAAGCUUCUUAAUGAACUUCUGACAAAAAAGAAUGAGGAGACUGGUUGGGAGACUCCAAUUCAUGUUGAUGCUGCCAGCGGAGGAUUUAUUGCUCCUUUCCUAUACCCACAACUUGAAUGGGAUUUCCGUUUGCCCCUGGUGAAGAGCAUCAAUGUCAGCGGCCACAAGUAUGGCCUUGUCUAUGCUGGCGUUGGCUGGGUUGUCUGGAGGACCAAAGAUGACCUACCAGAAGAACUCAUCUUUCAUAUCAACUAUCUUGGAACUGAUCAACCCACUUUUACCCUCAACUUCUCCAAAGGCUCUAGUCAAAUAAUUGCUCAAUAUUACCAGUUUAUACGGCUUGGCUUUGAGGGCUAUAAGCACAUCAUGGAAAACUGCAUGGAGAGUACAAGAGUGCUGAGAGAAGGACUUGAAAAAAUGGGGCGGUUUAAGAUUGUCUCCAAGGAUGUUGGAGUUCCUCUGGUGGCCUUUUCUUUAAAGGACAGCAGUAAACACACCGUGUUCGAGUUAUCCGAGAACUUGAGAAGGUUUGGAUGGAUAAUUCCAGCCUACACAAUGCCUCCUAAUGCUGAGAAAAUCGCGGUUCUUCGAGUGGUGGUAAGGGAGGAUUUCAGCCGAAACUUGGCCGAGAGACUUCUCUCAAACAUUGAGGAAGUCUUGAAGGAAAUCGACACACUCCCAAGUCGCUUAUCGACCAAAGCUGCACAUGUUACUGCCACGAUCAACGAAACUCAAGAUGGGAAGCUUCCAAAAAAGAGUGAGACAGAGACUCUAGAGGAGGUCACCAGGCAAUGGAAGAGGUUUGUGGAUGGCAGAAGAGCUGGAGCUUGCUGAACUUGUAAAACUUACCUUAUGUGGCCUUCGAAUUGCUGGUUGUAUUUUCUUGUGUGAUUGUCAGUACUGUACUCUAUGAUGCUUGUGGCACACU